AUGGCCAGACCUUCUGCAAUACCUCGUGCAAAGUGGCCUCGGGAAAAAGUCCCCAAAAUCAGGCUUUUACCCAAUGGCGAUAGGUCUCGAGAAGAGGCCUUCGGAGGUUUAGAUAGGGCUCGCAAAGAGGCCCCCAAAGACAGGCGUUUACACCACGGCGCCAGGCAGUCCGAUCGGAAUGGGAAUGAAGAUUAUAGUCAAUGCCUCAGAGAAAAUCAGCGCCCUUGCGAAGAAAACUUGAGUAUUUCAUACCAGGGGACGGCAUCGAUCGAGAAGUUAUCUCAGAAGAUAUAUGCUUCUAUCUAGGACCUGAUGCACGUGUACGAUCAGGAGAUUACCAACAUCCACAGACAGGACAAAUACAAGCAGUUUACUUCAUCAAUGCCUACGAUAUACUUACUACGGCUCAUGUCUCAGACCUUAAGGCGGAUUCAGAGAUGUGGGACGCUGAGAGAAGGGCUAUGGGAGACAUCAUGAUGAACGCUGAAUAUAGAGCGUCGAAAGUAUAUAAAUCAAGGCAUUAUUAUGGUUCCUCAGAACCAAAUCAGCCUAGAUAUAUUAUGGGAGGCUUGAAAUUGCGUUAG